AUGCUGGGAGCCCUGCUCCUGGCCAUUGGCCUCUGGGCCUGGGGUGAGGAGGGCGUUCUCUCCAAUAUCUCGGCGCUGACAGAUCUGGGAGGCCUCGACCCUGUGUGGCUGUUUGUAGUGGUUGGAGGUGUCAUGUUGGUGCUGGGCUUUGCCGGCUGCAUCGGGGCACUCCGGGAGUACACCUUCCUGCUCAAGUUUUUCUCAGUGUUCCACAGCCUCAUCUUCUUCCUGGAGCUAGCAACAGGGAUCUUGGCCUUCGUAUUCAAGGACUGGAUUCGAGACCAGCUCAAUUUCUUCAUCAACAAUAACGUCAAGGCCUAUCGGGACAACACUGACCUCCAGAACCUCAUUGACUUUGCUCAGGAAUAUUGGUCUUGCUGCGGAGCCCGAGGGACUAAUGACUGGAACCUCAAUAUCUAUUUCAACUGCACUGACUUGAACCCGAGCUGGGAGCGCUGCAGGAUGCCCUUCUCCUGCUGCAUCAGAGACCCUGCGGAAGAUGUCCUCAACACCCAGUGUGGCUAUGAUGUCCGGCUCAAACUGGAGCUGAAGCAGCAGGGCUCCAUCCACACCAAAGGCUGUGUGGGCCAGUUUGAGAAGUGGUUGCAGGACAACCUGAUCGUUGUGGCUGGGGUCUUUGUGGGCAUCACUUUCCUCCAGAUCUUUGGUGUCUGCCUGGCCCAGAACCUUGUGAGUAACAUCAAGGCAGUGAAGGCCAACUGGAUCAAACAUGAUGAUGGCUACAAACUACUCAAAUAAACAAAACCUUGAAAACCGCUGGCUUACACCCAC